AUGGGAGCGUGUGCUACAUUUUCUCCGUGGACUCAUGAAGACGAUCUUUUACUCAAGAACUCCGUUGAGAGUGGUGCUUCGUUGGAGGCACUUGCGAAAGGUGCGGUGCAGUUUUCUCGAAAAUAUAGUAUUGGGGAAAUAAAAGAGAGAUGGCAUUCUAUCUUCUUUGACGCUGUUGUAUCCUCGGAAGCCUCUGCGGCUAUGGUACGUUUAAAAGAACAGGAUAUUGUUUCUGUUAAGAGAAAACCUGUCAGGGCUCGAGAUUCUUACUAUGCUAUGCGUAAAAGAAUGCGGAAAGAGGUACAAACUUCGACGGACUACAAUUUUCUUGUUGAACCAGUAAAUGAGGAUUAUGUGGUAAAUGGAGAUCAGACCUUGCCUCUAAACUGUGUACCCGAGGGUUCAAAUUGGAAUCAAUUUCCAAAUAAUGAUCCGGCAAACUAUGGUCUUCCGGAAAAUAUUAUGGAUGCUGAUGUUGCAAUUAAUGGAGUUACUGAUCAAGCGUUUUACACCGGGUUGGAUGAUACACUUGGAGAGAAUUUCCUCAUUGGCCAAAACCAUAUGCCCGUGGAGGAGCAUCAAAUUAUUGAAGAUAAUGUGCCUCUGAAUGGAGCUGCCGAGGAAAUGGGUGUUCCGAUAGAAUUAGAUAUUGAGAGAUUUAUCAGAGAUGAGGAUGUAGAGGAAAUAUCUUUGUCUUCAUUUCAACAAAUCAACAAUGAACCUGCAAAUUUGUGCUCCGAGUUUGAUGAAGAUUAUCUAUUUGAUUCAUCUGAGUUAGAGUGUGGAGAUUCAUUUGACGAUUUACAGUUAUCUUCACUUCCUGACAUUCCGGACAUUCCGGAUUGGAGAACAGAAGAACAUGGCGGUAUUUCAUGUCACGGCUCAAAAGAUUCGACUGCUUGUGAGAAUGGUUACCUGAAAGAAUUGUCCAAUGAUCUCUUAACCUUCACUGGCGAGGAAGAGCUAUAUCUGAUGGAUUAUGUCGGAAAAGAUGGGAUUGGUAAAUCUUAUUAUGAUGGUCUCAGUUCACUUUUAGUAAACUCUCCAAUUGACGGCUCUUCUGAUCAGAUACCUGAAGCAGAUGGAGCAGAGUUAUUACCAGAUGGAGCAGAGUUAUUACCACCUGAAGAAGUUAAAAAUCUGUGUGUUUCACGUCGCACACACAUAAAUGACAACGCAGGAACAGCUGAAACAGAUUUGUUAGCCGCCUUUGAUGCACAUGUUAAUGAUCUGUCAGCUUCAUGUCGUGCUCGUGCAGAAGCAUUAGCAGAUGACAAAUCAGAGUUCGAAAUGCCAACUUCUGCCUCAGCUAAAGGCCCUCGAUUUCCUGAAAUAGUUCAUGGAGUUAUUACCUGUAAAACAAAUACUGAGGACCCAGAAAUUCCAUCCAAUGAUGAUGUUUCUCUACCCUUUUACGAGCCUCCCCCAACAAAUUUUUGUUCAUCCGAACCAGCUGUUUCAAAAUCCAAUAAACCAGUUCCAUCAUCUGUUAAUGAUUGUGGAUUUAGAGCUAGCAGAAGAGGUAAAGUUUUGAUGCAGGUUGAACAAAAAAACUCCAUAGGAGCUCAUGUGUCUUCCCAGACAACAGGAACCCGAGUGAAUUCAGGGCCUGUUUCUGGUUCUAAAAUAAAAUACGAGUUACCUAAUAACCAUUCAUCGCACACACUGUCUAGGAGUGCAGCUAUUGCUUCCAGUGGCUUAGGUGGAGGCAACAGUUUAACAAACAAAACUCAUGCUGCUCUUCAUACAAAUCCUAAGGAAAAGCUUGUCAAUCCUAGCUUUGUAAAGCUAAGCAGUAACGUGACAAGUUUGUCACAUGAAAAACCAGCCCUUGGAAACCGCUUCAUAGAUCAAGUCCAACCUAACGGUUCAUGCUUGAAACAGAAACCACAUGUAGCUUUGCCAGUUGAAGAUAAUAAUCUGCAACAUGCUGAAAUGGGAUCUACAGAAGUUCUAAGGUCAGAGCUGGGGGUUAAUCCUGAAAAGUUUGAUGAGGAAGAGCAAUAUAUCGAAAGUGAUGAUGAUAUUCCUUAUUAUUCUGAUAUAGAGGCGAUGAUACUUGAUAUGGACUUGGAACCUGAUGUUCAGGAUUUAUAUGAGAAUGAAGAAGUAUCAAGAUAUCAGCACGAGGAAACUAAGCGGACUAUCAUAAGGCUGGAGCAGGGUGUUCACUCUUUCACGCAAAGAGCCAUGGCUUCACACAGAGCACUGGCUCUAUUACAUGGCCGCCACUCAAAUUACUACAUCAAGAAACCCGAGGUUUUACUUGGACGAGCAACAGAAGGUGUUCAUGUAGAUAUUGACUUAGGCAAAGGAGGUGGUACCAAUCUAAUAUCUAGACGCCAGGCAAUCAUUAAGAUGGAUAAAGAUGGAUUGUUCUACAUUAAAAAUAUUGGCAAGAGUUCAAUGUUGGUAAAUAACAGAGAGUUGCACACUGAUCAAUCUCAAAGACUGCUUUCCCAUCAUCUGAUUGAGUUGAAGGGCAUGCAAUUGAUAUUCGAGAUAAAUCAAAGUUGUAUGAAGCAGUAG